UGUUUGUUAGAGAGAGAAAAUGCGAGUGAAAUAGUACUACUACUGUAUGUGAACCUGCUCUCUUUGCUUUAUCUUCUCUUUCACUUUUUCAUUCUCCACCAUUUCCUCCUCCAACUCCACUGCCAUAUCUUUACAAUCUGUCUGUCCAUUUUAGCCCGUUUACUUCAUUGUUAUUACAAUCAUUUGCAUCUAGCAUCUUGCUUUUUACUACUGCAUUUUAGACAAAAAUUGUGGGUGUUGGGAUUUUACUAUGGGGAGUGUAUCAUCUGAAGAAGGUUCAGAUCAGCAGAGUGAGCGGUGUGGGAGCUACAGUUUAAGUGCUGAUGUGAGUGAGUCCGAAAGUUCUUCUAGCAGUUUCUCCUGUCGGCGCUAUGACGCUGAGGGCGCGUCCAGCUCUAUGGCGUCGUCUCCACUCGCUUGUCGGAGAUUCGCCGCAAAAUCGGAGUUCCCAGCCCCAAUGAUACCACCAUUCAUGUUCCCGGUCAUUGGCGGGAAAGAUGUAGUGCUCUGUAAUGACAAGUCCGAGAAACGCCAAGCAGAUUUAUCUGAAAUUGAUCUGAUGAAGGAGAGAUUUGCUAAGCUGUUACUUGGUGAGGACAUGUCUGGAGGGGGUAAAGGGGUUUGUACGGCACUUGCAAUCUCAAACGCUAUCACAAAUCUAUCUGCUACUAUAUUUGGGGAAUUAUGGAGGUUGGAACCAUUGGCUGCUCAAAAGAAGGCAAUGUGGUGUAGGGAAAUGGAGUGGUUGUUGUGUGUGAGUGACUCUAUUGUGGAGCUUGUGCCUUCUAUUCAACAGUUUCCUGGAGGAGGCACGUAUGAAGUAAUGGCGACGCAACCACGUUCUGAUUUAUAUCUGAACUUGCCUGCUUUGAAGAAACUUGAUGCCAUGUUGAUUAGCAUACUUGAUGGAUUUCGUGACACAGAGUUUUGGCAUGUGGAUCGAGGCAUAGUUUUAGGUGAUGGAGAAGACUGUGACUCCUAUACUUCGGGCAUUGGGUUUGGUAGGCCUUCAGUUCGGCAGGAAGAGAAGUGGUGGCUGCCAUGCCCUAAAGUUCCCCCCAAAGGGUUGUCAGAAGAAGCUAGGAAGAGAUUGCAACAAUGUAGGGAUUGCACAAACCAGAUAUUGAAGGCAGCAUUGGCGAUCAACAGUAAUGUACUUGCUGAGAUGGAGACUCCAAGUGCCUAUGUCGAAACUUUGCCGAAGAGUGGAAAAGCUUGUUUAGGUGAUAUCAUCUAUCGCUACAUCACUGCUGACAAGUUCUCACCUGAAUGUCUUCUUGAUUGCCUGGACUUGUCAUCGGAGCACCAUACGCUGGAAGUGGCAAAUAGAAUUGAGGCUGCUGUGCAUGUUUGGACGCUCAAGGACCAGAAGAAACAUCCACAUAAAAGGAAAUCUAAACGCAAAUCAUGGGGAGGGAAGGUCAAGGGCCUUGUUGGAGAUGGUGAUAAGAAUCAGUAUCUGGCAGAACGAGCAGAAACACUCUUGCAUAGUCUCAGGCUUCGCUUCCCUGGUCUUCCUCAAACUUCACUUGACAUGAACAAGAUACAGUAUAACAAGGAUGUUGGGCAGUCAAUACUUGAGAGCUACUCAAGGGUCAUGGAGAGCUUGGCAUUUAACAUAAUGGCGAGAAUUGAUGAUGUAUUAUAUGUAGAUGAUGCAACAAAACGCUGUGCUGCCGCAGAGUCCAUAUCCCUUUUCAAUAGGGGAGGUUUGGGUGGUCUUCCAGUCCAAAAGCGGAUGUCACCAAGCCCUUUUUCUAUUCAGCACUCUCCUUAUGCCUCUCCAUUUGCUACACCAACCUUUUGCUUAUCUCCCCUGAUUGGUAGCCCAGGGAAGGCAGUUUCUCCUUCUAAGGCUGGUUCCAAGGUACCACCAAUGGAUAAACUGGAGAAAGCGAUGCCAACUGAUUUGGAUAAAUUGUGGUCAUAUGCAGGGAACCUUAGUGCAAGAAGACCUUCUAAGGAUGCUCCUGAACGAGACUGAGAGAACUAACAGAUGACUAGUCGAGGCUGCCGUGAUCUCGAUUUUGCUCUUUAUCAUGUAUAUUUCUUUUAGGGUAGUGCGUUGUUUAAAAUUUUCAACCUGAUCUUCAUCGGUUGUUACAUUGAGAAGGAUAGCAUUAAUGUAGUUGCACAGUUUUCGCCUGGCAAGUGAAAGAUAGCAGCUUUCUUGUGGUAUAGAAAGAAGAAAUUGCUGCUUGACUGGCUACCAUGAGAUGUAGCAAAGUGAUUGCAUCUUAAUGGUGAUUGCUCCGUGGCAUAACGUUUUAUAUUUCA